AAGUCUGGGCCUUGACCUGUAGAAAUGCUAUUUAAAUGGGCCCUAAAACUCCCAAUGAUCUUCCAUUUUUUUUCCAAAACAAAUACCGUGGAUCUACCGUUAAAGGGCGAACCCAGAGCAGGGUAAAAAAGAAAUAAGAAAAAAGGUCCUCGCACUGUCCAUACGGACCUAAAGUACGCGAAGAAAGCGGUGAACGCUACCUCAACCGAAAAUGGAUAAAACUCCUCAACCGCCCACAACAACUCCUCACACAUUUCAUCACUCUCAUCGUCUCUCCCUCUGAUAUAAAAUCAUUUGACAACGAAUUCAACAACCAAUCAAUUUCUACUGCUCCCCAUGCCGAUCACUUCGUUUUCUCUGUUCCGCAACCGAGCACCCGCCAUUACCACCACUCUACUCCGCCACUUGUCACCCAAUCGCCACCUUGUUAUUCUCUCUGCCAAACAGUCCCCCUCGAACUCCAGACAAAACGUUUCCAAGAAACCCCAGCCGAACAAGAAUCUCCUUAAAGCCAAACACCUCUUCAAAGACUACUCCUCCCUAGCUCCUGUCCUUGCUCCUAAUGAAAUCCCUUUCCUCUCCGAAUCCCAAGCUCUCGGCACUGUCGCCGCCGCCCAGGCCAACUUCAUGCGCGUCAUCGUGCAAGCGGAACAGAAACCUCAGGGAGAAGAAACUUCUAGCGGUCCCGAGGAAGAAGAUUCCAGCACUAAAAUCGGGGUGGAGUUGCUGUGCGUGGUGAAGGCAGUUUUAAAGAAGAUAAAGAGGAGGGUUCUGGUAGGGGACAAGGUGGUGGUGGGGUCCAUUGAUUGGGUGGAUCGACGUGGCCUGAUAGAGAAUGUGUUUCAACGGAGCUCCGAGAUCUUUGACCCACCUGUCGCUAAUGUCGAUCAUUUGCUCGUGCUUUUCUCGAUGGAACAGCCGAGGAUCGAGCCCUUUAUGCUUACAAGAUUCUUAGUUGAAGCUGAGUCCUCUGGAAUUCCCCUCACGCUUGCUUUGAACAAAACGGAACUCGUUGAUGAAGAGACUCUUAUUGCUUGGAGGAGAAGGUUGCGAAGAUGGGGCUAUGAACCGCUCUUUUGCAGUGUUGAUACCAAAAAGGGCCUUAACUCUCUUGCAUUUUACUUGAGGGAUCAAACAACUGUAAUUGUCGGUCCAAGUGGGGUUGGCAAAUCAAGCCUUAUUAAUGUUCUCAGAAGUAAUCACCAUGCUUCUGAUUCCCUUCAAGGAGAUAAUUGGUUUGAUCCAAUUUUAGGCAGCAAGUGGUUUGAAGAUCAAAGGGUUGGGGAGGUUUCAACAAGAAGUGGCAAAGGAAAACAUACUACUCGACAUGUUUCUUUGCUUCCACUAUCAGGAGGGGGCUAUGUUGCUGAUACUCCUGGGUUUAACCAACCUAGUUUGAUGAAAGUGACAAAGCAAUCUCUUGCCCAAGCUUUCCCUGAGAUUCAGAAAAUGCUAAAAGACAGUGAACCUGCGAAAUGCUCAUUCAAUAAUUGCUUACAUCUUGGUGAACCAGGGUGCGUUGUGAAAGGGGAUUGGGAAAGAUAUUCAUAUUAUUUUCAACUUCUUGAUGAGAUCAGAAUCAGAGAGGAAUUUCAGUUGAGGACAUUUGGGACCAAGAGGGAGGGUGAUGUUAGGUACAAAGUGGGAGAUAUGGGUGUUCAACAAGCUGAACCUCGACUAGAACCCAAGAAACAUAGGAGACAAUCACGGAAAAGGAUUAACCAGUCAAUAUUCGAUGAAUUAGAUGAACUCGAUGAUGACGAUAGCUUAGACUUAGACAAUGACCCAAUUGUAAGGGCAAUAAAAAAUGAAAACCAGUAGGAAAAUCUCUGGCCUUGCAUGCACAGUGUAAAUGAUAAGGUUCUUUCUUUCCUUGUGGAAGAGAAUGUAAACUUGAUGUUUCUAAAUCUCUAAUGCUAAUGAGGUUUGACAAAUCUUUUUUGGUAUAAACCCUUAUUUGACAGCAUGCUUCGUGUUUUACUCAGCUGCCAGAGUGCAUGUAAUUCACUUUUUGUAGUGGUUUUAGUCUUGGAGUAGAGCCCGUGAAGAAUGACUUGAUGUUCUAACGCACCGUAACCAACGCCACCAGUUUAUUUCAUUGCUUUAAGAGUACCGUUGCAAGUAGUAAGAAUGUGUUUUAUAUCAUUUAAGUCGAUUGCCACUAAAGCUUCUUGGCCGCCGAAAAGUGUGGACGUUCAGCAGGUUUAAACAAGUAUAAUGGGCAGCAGAUUUUAUUUCCAUGCACAUGCUCCAAAACACUGUUGACCAACUUAUACUCAUAAAACAGAAGCUUUAUAUCACCUACGAUGUUUCUGCAGCCAGCAAAACAGAAGCUUUUUGCUCAAUAACAAUCUCUACAAAGAAUUCAGAUGUUUUCUUUAUUGAUUCAAAAUUCAUUGUCAAAGCCAGCGGCUGAACCAUAAAUGAGAUCCUAAUGUUCUCAAGAGCAAACAAAAUUUAACAGCCACCACAAUGAAAUCAAAGGAAAUCUAAAUCACAACCAAAGAAUAAAAAGGCAAAUCCCAUCUCCACUUCCAGUAAUUGAUAGUGACGCCAUAAAAUUAUA